AUGAUCUUGUCAGCAAUCGCAUACCAGAAAUACCCUGGCUGGGCUUCGCUUGCAUCCGUAUGCAGAGAAUGGCAGUAUGUGUUGGAGAAGGCCAAUUUCUAUAAGGUAAAGCUGAGAGUGUCUUGCCUCAACGACUUUGAAUAUUUUGUUCCGCCACGAAAAAGAGAGCUUAUCCACCACAUCUGUCUCAACGUUGAAUUACCACGCUACACGCCUAGGUGUUGUUCAAAACGGCGUUCACCGCCAGCAAAGAUCCGCUCUGUCGUCAGCGAUGGAAUAUGGAAACUUUUUUCUAUCUUGAGUACUUGGAAACCAGCCGCUCACUUGGCAUUGGAGAUCAAUGUGUACUCUCCCAGCGACCGCAAACACUGGUUCAAGAAUUUCUAUUUGUCCACCGACGAUGUCGAAGAUGAUGGAGACCCAAUACCGGAUGCAUUGAGAGCUGUGACUCCGCACCAUGACCUGCAGCAUGGCUGGGUGCAUGGCCGACAAGUCAAAGCUCCUCCAAGGUCGGCUGCGCAACGUAUCUUCCGGCCUAUCGAUCUAGUGUUCCGCGAAAUGUUGCCUCGAGUUGAAGCGGUCACUUGCCUCAUCAUCCGUCGACAACUUCGGCGUUGUAUUUCUCCAUGGGGACUGAGCCUGUUACUUCGCAAACUUCACGGUCUAGAGCAUAUCUCCUUGAGCCGUGGGCGCCAUACGUAA